AUGAUUAAUAGGCUAAUUUCAAGUGAGAUUCGUAACAAGGCUUUGACAUCGGUUAGUGAGGUGGUUUGUGAUUUCAAGGAUUAUUAUGGAACAGAAGUUUCUUAUCGGCGAGCUUGGAUGGGUGUUGAAAAAGGAAGGGGUGUUGUUUUUGGUGACUAUUCAUUAUCAUUUUGGUAUGUUGAUGCCGCUAAUGAUUGUAAUCCGGGGAGUGUUUUUGAUAUGGAAUUUGAUGUUAAUAGUAAAGGAAGACAUUUCAAAUGCUUGUUUUUCAGUUUUAGGGCAUGUAUUCAUGGUUUUAAGUAUUGUCGGCCUGUGUUGAUGCUUGAUGGAACUUUCUUGAUAGUAAGACACAAAGGUUGUUUAUUGGCUGCUACGGCAAAAGAUGGUAACCAAGGUUUAUAUCAGUUAUGUUUUGCCAUUGUUGAUAGUAAAAGUUAUGACAGUUGGCAUUGGUUCUUGUCAAAGUUAUUUGUUAUUUUGACUCCGGGGAGGGAUAUUGCGUUUGUUACUGAUCGGCAUGGAGGUUUGCUGAAGGCUUUAGCUGAGACAAACUUGAAGACUUAUUUGUCAGUGAAGAGUCGUGAAUCUAAAGAGUAUUUGCUUACUCUUUUUAGUAGAUGUGCAAAUACUCCAACUAUUGAGCAAGAGUAUGGUGGAAUGUGCACAAAUGCUGCAGAAUCUUUUAAUUCAUGGAUUAGGGAUGAGCACCAUUUGUUUUCAACUGGUCUUGUUGAUGCUAUACGACUGAAACUAAUGGAACAAUUUUCAAAAAGGAGAGAACUUGGGAAUAAAUGGAAUCCUAUUGUUUGUCCUUUUACAAGGAAAAAGUUGGAAGAAACUUUUAAUGAUACAAAGACAUGGAUAGUUAAGAAAUGUAGCGAUGAUAUUUAUGAAAUCUAA